UUGAACAAAACCUGAAAAUAAAAAUUGAAGCGCUGCCCCGCCCCCUCAUGACGUCUUGGUGGUAGGGCCCUCAUACGUCAUCAACUGAAACCAACAUGGCGGCCGUCAUGCUGAGCUCAGGAAGGAACCUUCUGCAGGCCCGGUUCCCCAGGCCGCCGGUCCGGUCCGAAUCGGCCCGUCCGUCCGGUUCUUCGCUCCGUCCGAGGCCCAUGCUGCCGGCGGGAAGCUUCAGAGAUCGGCUGGCCUUCAUCACUGGAGGCGGCACCGGUCUGGGCCGGGCCAUGACCCUGGUUCUGUCCCAGCUUGGAGCCCGCUGCGUCAUCGCCAGCAGGAACCUGGACGUCCUGCAGGAGACAGCUGGCGAGAUCAGCAGCCAGACCGGGAACCAGGUCCACGCCCUCCAGUGCGACGUCAGAGACCCUCAGGCCGUGGCGCGCUGCGUGGACCAGAUGGUGGCGCUAAGCGGACUUCCUGAUGUGAUCAUCAACAACGCCGCAGGCAAUUUCAUCUGUCCGACGGAGCGGCUGACGCCCAGCUGGCGCAGCGUCACCGACAUCGUCCUGAACGGGACGGCGUUCGUCACGCUGGAGCUGGGCAAGAGGCUGAUCCGGGCCCAGAAAGGCGCCUCGUUCCUCGCCAUCACCACCGUCUACGCUGAGUCCGGUUCUGGGUUCGUGGUUCCGAGUGCGGCGGCGAAGGCCGGCGUCGAGGCGCUGUACAAGUCUCUGGCUGCAGAGUGGGGGCGCUAUGGACACAGGUUCAACGUCAUCCAGCCUGGACCAAUCAGGACCAAGGGAGCCUUCCGUCUGGACCCAACUGGAAGUUUUGAGAUGUCGAUGAUCGAUCGGAUUCCGACGGGUCGGCUCGAACCAGCCGAGCUCGCCAACCUGGCAGCGUACCUGAGCAGCGACUUCGCCAGCUGGAUGUCUGGAGCUGUGAUCCGUUUCGAUGGCGGCGAAUUCGUGUCGAUGGCGGGAGAAUUUAACGAGCUGCGCAAGGUGACUCCAGAUCAGUGGGACACUUUGGAGGCCAUGAUCAGAGGUACAAAGGGUCGUAAUGCUGACAGCUGAUUGGACCACAGAGGCCCCGCCUCUGCUGAUAUCUCUACAUCUGAUUGGUUAAUAAUUGUACCUAAUGCGGUACAUUAUCUGCUUCUUUGAUAAUAAAAUAUGAAAUCAGAA